AUGGACUCCCCGCGCCUACCACGUGCAGGAUCUUGGGACGGCAUGCCAGGUGCAGACCCAAACCUAGGUGCCUACUACCGUAAUGCUGCUGUAGCUGCCGGGAAACCCAAACCAACACAGCCAGCAGCACAAAAGGAGGGACAAGUUGACCUGAAAACCCUUGCUGCGUACUACGCAAACGCGAAACAAAAAACAGCACUUGAAAGGGUCAAGUAUGGGCGGAGUGACGAGUCCGAAACUGAAGCCUCGGAUGAAAGCGCCAGUGAAAUCAGUGCUAUUUCCUCGCAGCACUCGUACUACCGUGCACGUACCACCACCAUAAUAGCCCCAGAACCAGAUAACACACUAGCACUUUCACCGACAAACAGAGAACACACCACCAUAAUUGCUGGGCACAAGGUCUUCAUCAGCACGCUCCGCCGCUCCGCACCACAGGUUUUCCAUACCGCUCGACCACCACCCGCACCCACGCCACCACCGGCGGGUGGGGCAGCCUCUGCUGUUGGUGAUGAAGACGAAGAGGGACCACCAGAGGGUUCCGCUGAGAAUUGGUUUAGGGGCAUGAAGGAGCAGAUGGGGAAGGAUACGGGUGUAAAAGAGGGAUGGGCCGACGAGGAGGAUGAAGUGGUCGUCCCAGAGGGUAUACCGCCGCCCGCCCCGACGCCGCCCUUGGCGAGGGAGGAGGAGGAGAUACACCUAGAUAAUGGAUAUUACGGGAGUCCUAGGAUGCCAUAUGGGUAUCAGAGGUAG